AUGCAGUCCUUUCCAGAGGAAAAAUCUGUAGUGCCACGUACUAUUCACUUUGGCAAUCUUUUUAUGGCCAUGGUGGCACUCAUAUUCUCAUUUUGGGCAACUAUGCAUUUCUAUGUACCUGAUCAUUUACCGCACUACGCAGGCGCUUGUCAAUACGUAGGGAUGGGUCCUGAGCUAUUCCCUUGUGUUCGAUGUGGUAAAGACGAUACUUACUAUCAAUGUAUUCAGUUUGAUCCAAUUCAACGCAUCGCUCCCUUUCCAACCAUGCCGCACCGUAGUCUUCCCAUCGCCGCGGGCACCGAGAGUCUUGCCAAGGCUGAGAGCCAUGUGAAGCAAUUCUUCGACUCGAUCGCGCACGAGCCAAGCGGACUUACGUUAAGCGACUUUUUUAGAGAAUUUCUUUUCCAGAGCCGCAUUCUUGCUGCUAAAGAAACCCUUCCAGAGGGUGGCCCUUCCGUAAAGGGGGACCAGACAACGCGUCCGGUGAAGGCAGCGAAUGUACUUCAUCUGUGUAGUGCAUCGACUUGUGUGAACGCUUUCAUAAGUCAGGCAUUUGUCUCGAAAGCGGGACCGAUGGAUAAGUCUUCAAUCUCACUCUUUGCCAUUAUCUACGGUAAUGCCUCAAUCGCUCGCGCAAUCUCGAAAGAGCUUUAUGUGAAUGGCGUGCAGGUUUUGUCGUACUUACCGCGCACGGCAAGCCAAUCAACCAGGGGGGAUGCUGAAUCGACACCUCUUUGUCAGCCACUGUACGGCGAACAUUUCACCGUAGGGGCCGCGAAGGAUGAGGUUCCCGUAUCGGCUGUCCAAGUACAUCCGUUCGGGCUUGGGUGCGCGUACUAUGUGCACGAAAAGGCGAGUCUAAUCGAAGCCGAAAUGACCACUCCGCACUGCCAAGCUUCGGCGAAUCAAGCCCGACGCCUUGACGAAAAACGCCGCAAACAUGAAGAAGCCCAUGCCCACUGGCCCUUGGCGGAAGUCCGACCCUUUUUUUUGGCGCCCUUUGGUGAAAAGGGCAACCACACCCUUCACAGCUUUCCGGUUGAUGUCGUUUUCAUUGAUGUGGCCCCCACCGAUGCGGUAGGCGUCGUGGCAUACCUACAAGGCGUCCUGAAGACCGUCCAGGACCCAGGGCUUCUGCCUCGACAUUUGAUCAUUUCGUUGGAUGUGUCCGAGUGGGGAGGGGAUAUUCUCUCGGCCAUCCACUCCCUCCACCGCCAUCGCGGCUAUGAAGUGCGCCCACUUCAGGGCGCCUGCACCGCCGCCUCCGGAUGGAUCGAGCCCCACACCUCGUGGGCAACAGUCUUUGUGGGUCUUCAGCCUUCGUUUUGUGGUCCCGACAAUUCCACUGAGCGGCGAAAUCGAGAUUCGGGGGAGGCGGCGUGUAUGCUUUUGCUCACGCGGGAUCGCCAGGCCGCGAGCGCUUACUUCCACCUCGCCGCCUCCAGACGGUAUGGCGAAAACGAAGGGAUGCGCCGAUUUUUUGCGGGCCCAACCCUUUCGGUGUUUCCUUCCUCUGGGAAUGGCUCUCGUGCGCGGGAUGGGGAGUUCGCGAAGUCCCAAGGUCAGCCUGAAUCCACCGACACCUUUGGGUUGGGGAUCACAGGCGCGUGGGUAAUUUCCGCGCUCACUUCAUGGUGGCCUUGUCUGCUGGUCUUAGGGCUCGUUGGGGUAUUACUUUGGAACAUGUCAAAGGCAUGGCGACAUCGAAGACGAUAA